AUGAUUCAACUCAAGUGGCCAAUACUUGGUGUUAUAAUUCCCUCCAUAAUCAUUGCAGUAUUGGGAUAUGGAUCGCAUUACUUUGUCUUACAACACCACCUAUCCUUCCGAGAGCAAAUGUGGUUCGAGUUCUACGUGACCAUGGUAUGGAUAUCAUAUCUUCUUGCCAUAAUCACCAGUCCUGGAACACCGCCUUCCAAUUAUAAACCACCUAAAGGUGAAUGGAAACGAUAUUGCAAGAAAUGUAACAAUUUCAAACCUCCACGAACCCAUCAUUGCAAAGUAUGCAACGCUUGUGUAUUACAAAUGGACCACCAUUGUCCUUGGACUUAUAAUUGUGUUGGAUAUGGCAACUUGCCUCAUUUCCUUAGAUUUCUCGGUUGGACAUUUUGGACAACUAGUUAUUUAUUCGUAUUGUUGUGCCAGAGGAUCUAUCUGUAUUAUGAACAGGCAGAUUUACCUAUAUAUUUAAUCAGCAAGACAGAGAUGGCAGCUGUGAUAUUCUUGACACCCAUUGACUUCUUUAUAUGUUUCCUGCAAUUGGUGUUGUUGAUUAGAGUGUUUGGUCACAUAUUCAAAGGGAUGACCCAAAUUGAAACAUGGGAAUGGGAAAGAAUUGAUUCUCAGUUUUAUUCAGAACAUUUAUGGGAAACGAUCCGAUCAAACUAUUCACAGUUGCAUGGCAAAGAAAUGCCUAAACUUGUGUCCUGGAGUGGAUCGAGCGCGACUAUUGCUCGCCAAUUAGCAGAACAAGAAAUAGAAGCUAACGAAGAACAAGAGCAAGAGUUUGAAAUAAUUAGCAAGGAACCAUCGGAUGAAUCACUUAUUCCCAAGGAAUUCACUAUGGACGAUAUGGUCUUCCCUUAUGACCUCGGAUUCUUUAAAAACUUGACAAAUGCCCUUGGAUACCCUUGGAUGUGGCUCUUGCCGUUUGCCGGACCAAACUCCGAUGGAGUAGUACCCGAAAAGUCUGAAGAAUAUCAAGAAGAAGAUCAAUUAAAUUUGCCGUGGCCUCCAGAUGGUGGGAGUCGAGAACAUGUGGUUAAAAACACCCAGUAUGAUUACGAUAAAUUGAAACAAAUUCGCAAUUAUCAAGAAUUAAGGAAAAGACUUGAUCCAAGACUCAAUAUGCAACGUAAUGAAUGGAUGGAUCAUGCUGGGUCUACGUUGGAUGAUUUUGGGGUAGAUAUAGAAGUUGAGCAGGAAGAGUCGCUUGAGAAGUGA